AUGAAAGGACUAUCACCAAAAAGUGGAUGCAAGAAUGACAGCAGCAGUUGCCUUUUGCUGGCUUCCGUCCCGCCGGUCACACCCCAGGCAGCCACCGUCAACGGCCUGCUGGCGAAUCUCGCUGCAAGCCCGGAAAGACGUAUCGGGACCUGGCAGUGGCCGCGCCUGGGGCGCGCGAUCCGAAAAGACUUCGGGAUGGCGCAACCGUCACAGGCCAAUGGCUGCAGCGAGAAGGUGGAAGUGCCUCCGCCUGCCAGCCUUCCGAGCAAGGCGAAGCCAGGCGUGCCACCACUGGCAUUGGGCGCCUCUUUGGCAGGUGGACCCCAAAGCUCUCUCGGCGGGGCAGUGCAAAGUACCACCCCGGCAUCGACAGCCACGUCGACAUCAGCACCCACUGCGUCGAUGGCCGCGACGAUGGCUCCGAUCACGCAGCCGGUGCCAAGCCAGCCAGGCCGCCCGGUGGUGCCCCCACUGGCACUGGGAGCGCUGCAGCCCGUGGCGGCCAGGCCGAGCAGUGGACGGCCGUCCCCAACUGCCACCACCGCGACGACAGUGAGCAGCUCUGACUCCUCCGAGGGAAUGGAGGUGGAUGAUGCCAGCAGCAGCAGCCGCAAGCGCCAACGAGGGGGCGCGGAUGACGAUUCAUCGCCCCAGCGCACGUCGCAGAGCGCUCGCGGCAAUCCGCCAGGGCCAGGGGCCAUCACUUUCCCGACGGUCGCAGCUGUGCCUGUGCGUUCCGCACGCACCGAGGGUGUUCCGUCCUUGUCACUCCCGGGGCGCUCAGGCGCUCCGCCGGCGUCCCAAGAGGCUUCCGGAGCUCCACGGGUCCCGGCCCUGGGGCUGGCAAAGGCGGGAGAUCACCCUCCGCCGAUCCAGCUUGGACAGGCUGCGGAUCGUCCGUCAAAUGCCGUCCGCCAGGCUCCCAGAGGCCCGAUUCUCAACCUCGAGGACAUCCACACUCCCGAGGAAGAGCUCAUCAAUACAUACGACCCGGACAACGAGGAGAACAACUACCACCUGCCUGACCACCUUCAGCGACGACUUCAGCUGAAGCAUUUCCGCCAGGUCUGCUCCGAAGUGAUACCAAAUUCGCUGUACAUCUCCAGCUAUCAGGUGGCAUGUGACGAGGAAGCACUUCACAUGUGCGGCAUAACUCACAUUGUCAACACGGCGGCCGACAUAUGUGACAGCUGCUUCCCCGGCAAGUUUCAAUAUAUCACCUAUUACCUCAAGGAUGCGAACAGUGAAGACAUCUCGAGUCUGUUGUACAGAACGCUGGAGUGGAUGUACGAGGCCAUUGGCAAAGGUGGACGUGUGUUGGUUCACUGCCGAGAGGGUGUCAGCAGGUCAGCGACCUUCGUCAUUGCCUACCUCAUGUGGUGGUUCAACCUUUCCUUCGAAGCGGCUCAUGAGCGGAUCAGACAAGUGCGACCCAUCUGCAACCCGAACACAGGCUUCACCUGUCAGUUGUUGCAGCUGGCGAAGCGGCUGUCCACCAGCCCCGGAGGGGCUGCGCCCAUCAUGUCCGACAGGGCCUCCCUCUUCCGCAUCGCGCCAUACCAUCCCAAGGAGCCCUUUCUGCUCCUCGUGCCAGCGGAGCGCCAGCCGGGACCAACAAAGUUUGAUCCUCGCUUCGGUUGGGUGGCGCACGCUGGUCUUCAGUUCAUUCUCUGGAUGGGCGCCGAGGUCCACGAUCCCCAGCUCGUCAGGCAAACCGUGGAGGCCCACAAGCGCCGCGUGGAAUUCUUUGAGAAGUGCCAGUGCAGUCUUCUUGUCAUGCAACAGGGCGAGGACGCCCAGCAGCUGUGGCAGCUACUCGGCGAGACUCCGCCGAGCCGGUCAGAAGUCGCGACACAUCGGCCCGAGUUCGAUGCGGACCAUGAGAUCAUGGUGAGCACGCAUGGAAGGGGUGGAGCUGCAGGAGCUGGCUUUCCAUCCGCCGCUGCAGCCCCCGACAGCACUGUCCAGCGAGAGGACGUUCGGUCUGCCAAUCCUGCCUGGGAAGCGUCCGGUGCCGGACGUCCUCCACCGAUUCUGGCCGUCGGUAGAGAACUGUCCCAUCCGCAGCUCUACUACCUGCCAUUCGUGGGCCCCGCGCUGUACUUCGUGCACUCCUGUUGGAUGGCCUCCAUCUACUGCUUCGAGUACAGGUGGGUCCAUCAGCGGUGGACGGCAAACGCGCGUGUGGACUACUUCGAGCGCCACUGGCUCUACUUCUUUGGCUUCGGUUUCCCGGUCUCCUUCCUCUCCGUCCUUUGUCCACGUUUCAUCGAUGCAGGGGUGUUUGCCCUCUUUUUCCCGCUCUUCGUGCUGACGGCUACAAAAGCAGAGCCCAAAGCGCUGCAGCAGUGCCCAACCUCGUUGCAGAGACUGCCGCUCUUCAUCGUCGUGCAGGGCGUCUCCUGCUUCUUGGUCCGCCUCUUCGAGGGUAAAACUCGAGCAGAGGCUUCAAAAGUCAAGUGA